CGAUGUGACCACUCGGUAGGUGGGACGCUGUGCGCGCAGCCGAGGUCGCUGCUGUUUGCCAGUAUAAAGCGUCUCUCUCUUUUGGGAAACUUUUGGCGGACGCGAUGACUAAGACGGUGAUCGCAGUGCGCAAGAAGUUGGGGCCACAGAAUCCAGGAGUCCUCUGGAACACUCGCGCCAUGGUUCGUCACGUCCAGAUGUGGUUGGGCGAGAAAAGGUCCCUCGAGUCUGAUUCAGAGCCGGAGGAAGAGGAAGAGGAGGCGCGCUCGGACUCCGGUGAGGAUGAGGACCAAGGAGAGGAUGGGGGGAAGGACGACCAGGCCGACGCGGCGCAGGCUAACGCGGGGGAUGGUUUGACCAAUGAGGACCAAGUGUAGUUUGCGCUGUUUUGGCGUUUUCCCUUUUUUGCGCGAGCAUAGUUGUUGCGCGAGUGUAGCUGUUCCUUUCUUUUCUUUUGUGUAUUUGUUAAGUUUCCUCCCAUUGAUGCAGUCCAAACAUUUUGUUCAAGUAUACCUUAUAAAUAUUGCUAUUUCUU